AUGGAGGUGUCCUCACCCGGCAAGGUUCUCAUCCUCGGUGGCUACCUUAUUGUGGAGUCCUGCACCCCGGCCAAUGUCGGCAUCUCAAUCGGUGUGAACGCGCGCUUCACGACACGCAUCGUCAAGGCGCAGCCAGCCGCGGCCGACACUUCCGGGCAAACGACGGUGCACGUGAGCUCACCGCAGCUCCAUCAGUCGUUCUGCUUCGUUGCCAGCACGUUAACGCCUGGCACCGUCGCGGUGAAGCAGACGGAGGGCCCAGGGAGCUCUUUUAUCUUCUACGCCGUCCUGUACUCUGUGGCGGCCGCCCAGUCUCUGGGCAGCAACACCGACGGUGAGGUUUGGAUGGAGCUCCUGGCUGACAAUGACUUCUACAGUCAACGCAACUAUUUAGAGAGCCAAGGGAAGGACGUGAGCGUGGCCAACCUGCGCGCCCUUCCACCCCACCUGCCGCUGGUCGGUGCCGUCUCCAAGACUGGCUUGGGCUCCUCCUCGGCCAUGACGACCAGCAUCGUGGCGUGCCUCUGCUACCACUUUAAUGCAGACGGGUGCUCACACGAGUACAUUCAUCGCAUCGCCCAGAUUGCCCACAGUAUCACACAGGGCAAGAUCGGCAGCGGCUUCGAUGUGUACACCGCUGUCUACGGCACGUGCGCCUACCGCCGCUUUCCUGCGAACCGCGUGUCGAUGAUGAUGGACAGUGCUCAGCAGCCGACCUCGGUGCAGGUAGAGGCGCUAACACGGUGUGUGAACAUGGGAGAGGUGUGGGUGCCACACGAGUCGUUCCGCCUGCCCCCUGGAGUGAAGCUAAUCCUCGGAGACGUGCACCAGGGCGGCUCCAGCACUCCUGGCAUGGUCGAAAAGAUCAUGGCGUGGCGCAACUCUGUCGCUGAUACUCCAGAUAACCUUUGGGAGCAGCUGCGCCACAAUAACGAGGCGUACAUCGCCGCUCUUCGUCGCAUGAUCGACGAUGCGGCAGCGAAGCCGGACGUCUACGUGGCUGCCAUGACGGCGCUCCAGCAGGUGCCCUCGCUGCCACUGCUUGAGACAGACAACGGGUCGGCUCAGUGCAUCGUCGAGGCGUCCCGCUGUGCCGCACGCAGCCGUGCCCUCCUGCGGGACAUAGGUAUAGCCGCCGAGGUGAAGGUGGAGCCGUCGGAGCUGAGCGGCCUGUUGGACGACACAGCGGCACUGCCAGGUGUGUUCGCGGUGGGCUGUCCUGGCGCUGGCGGCUAUGACGCGGUAUUCGCCCUAGUGCUCGGCGACGAACGCGCCGCUGCGGUAGAGGCGUUCUGGGAGCGCUAUGCCCCGCUGAGCGUCUGCCCGCUUACGGUGCGCGAAGACCCAAGCGGCCUGCUCGUCAAGUCCCCAGCCUGA